CCUUACGUGUGUUACCUCUCGGCGCGUAUGCAGGUAUUAUAAUAUAUAUCGGAGUUGAUACACGUACGGCGUUGUCUCUCGCGUGAGCAGCGCGUAUUCCUCCCGCGUGCGUGUGUGCCUCCUUCGCCCGGUUCCCCGGCAACCCCCUACCCCUACCCCGACAUCACCAUCACCAUCACCAUUGCCCUCCCUGUCCCUCUUUUUUCCUCUGUUACUCACCGCCGGCAAGCCACACUCCACACUCGGGGCUCCACACUCCUCCUCUUCGUCGGCCCCUCUUGCCUGCACGGCCUACUACUCCUUCUACCUGCCGAGUUGGUCGACAUGUGUGUAUGUGUACCUUGGACUUCAGUGUAAGAUCCGAGCUAGCGGCGAGCGCACGGCAUUGUUGUAUUGUUAUCGUUGUCAUUGUAGUUUGUUGGUACGCGAGGUAUAUAUCCUAGAGGACAAGAGAGGAGGGCCGCCCUAUCUUACGUUACCCUGUGUCCCCCGUCGUAGAGUAGGUAUCAACAACCCGGACGCCUCCGCGAUUAUUCUCUCCUCCCACCUUCAGUUCCACCCCGAGUGGCAAUAAUCGCUCUCCUCGAUCCUCGCCGCGAGCACCAGCGAUAUCGAACGAUCCGCGCCCCCGUCGAUCGUAACGCACCCCGUCCUCACCUGGACAACUUCGCCACCGGGAAAUCGAGCGCGGAGAGCGACCGAGUUGCGAUCUACUUCUCACACCGGAAACACGUGCGCGAGCGUACGUGCGACAAUAAUAUUCGGGGAUUUUACCGAAGAGACGAGACGAUAAUUAUUCAACGGCUUAUCGAUAAGCUGGGAUAUUUACCUGGCGAAGUGGGCAGAGCCUCGUUCGACGUCGGAGCUUGAAUGUGAGAAGAAGAAGCAGAAGAAGAGAUUCCUUUUGGACCACGGGAUGAUGGCGCCGGGACCGGGGAAACUCAGCUGCUGCUGCUCGUCGACGCGCGGACAAGGGGUUCUGGAUUGACGGCGAGAAAGCCGCGCGACGGCUAACGCCUAAUUAAAUCGAUUAGACUUUGGGGUUAAUUGUUCUGGAAGGCCAGCUCCGUUCACGUUUACGUAGACUCGAUCACCCCCUCGAGUCGAGCCCGACUUCAAGGAAACUGAUCCCGCACUGCCGCCAGUCUCUCGCUCUCGUUGUCGUGUUGUUAUCGGUGCUCCGUAAACAUAUUCAACGGAUCUUCGGUGCUUCGGUGCUAAGCUUCUCGAGCCUAACUAUCCCCGGAAGAAGACCUCGGAGCCGGGAACGAGGUACGCCGUCCACCUCGGUCAGUCCGUCUUUGCCGAUCGUCGUCGUCGCUCGACGACACCUCGUUUUCUUCGACUAACGAGAGAAGUUCGUUAACGUCGUCGCACCGGCGUAUCGUCGCGCCGGGUCUCCUCGUCCCGGGGAUUAAAUUUCGGAGACCCUCGGGGAAGCGGCUGAGUCUUGAGGAGAGUCGAGUUAAUUAUUGUUCCUCGGCUACGUCGAUCGAUUCGAAGUUAUGAUAUCGUAAGCUGUGGUAUAGGUGCGCGCGGCAACUGCAUCGUUUUUGUGUCUUCCGUUUGUUUACAUAGUUGUGUUUGUUUUGUCGACAUCGUAUUUUAGCCACACGAAACACGGUUGUUACUCGUACACAUAUAUAUAUAUACAUAUAGUUCUAAUAUACGUAAAACUAUACGCUCCGAUGAUUUUGCUCAAUUAGUUGUUUAAUUAAGGUGGAGAACGCGAAUUCGUAUAAAACCGGGAUACGCGGAGGUGGAGUAAUUAGACAUUUAUAUUCGCGUAAAUUUGUGAUUAUACAUGUGAUAUAAAUAUAUAUAUAUAAAAAAAAGAAGAAAGAAAUUCGAUUAAAAAAAGAAACAAGAAAUUAAAAAUUAUCAUCUAUUUAUUAUCGUUGUUAGAGUUGGUAUAGUAUUUUCAUUUCGUACUUAUAAUAACGUAUUACAGGGAUGGUAUAUUCCAGUGUGUGAAAUCAAAAGAGAAGAAGGAAGAAAAAAACAAGUGCGUGGGAUUUAUCGAUUAAUCAACACCCCUCGUACGCAGCAUAAGUGAAUUGACAACCAAUUAAACGUGAUAUUAUAUUCAUGAAAAUUUACUUGUGAUCAGAAGUGGGAUUGUGCUCGGUAGCGUUUUACUAAAUUUACAUGGAAAUUGUACCGCAAAGUCGGGAUACGCUUACUUAGUCCCGAUGCUCCCGAUGACCUGUCAACGGUGGAUGAAAACUCAUCGCCGAUAAAGAGCGGAGGAUCAACGCUGCUCGCGGAAAAGUCGAACUCGGUGAGACUGGUGAGAGUGCGCCUUCAGCUUUUCACGACCCUCCGGUGCAACCCCAAGCGGCGCGCAGUAUGAUAUGAACGCGAUCGGAAGAGUAAGAAUGUCCUCGAAGAGGAAGUCGCCGCCAACGAAGCUUUCGGAAGGUGGGGGCGGGGUGGGUACGGUGGGGGGCACCGACGAGGAGGAGGAAACGAACGCAUCGGGAAUCCAAGGUAUAACCAACGCCGCGGAUCAGCCGAACAACCUUCAGCUGGAGGAGGGCGUUAUCCCGGUGGACGGCGUUAUCGAGGACUGUUACAAUCCCCUUCAGAGGGGAGACUGCGAGUCGUCCGGCUGCUCGUCGCCGGCGACGCCGAGCGAACACGACCCACGCGAUUCGCCGUCGCCGUCGCCCAACUCGCCACCGGCGGCCAAACGACAGAGGAUGGUGUUCCUCGCUAAUCAGGACACCCUGGCGUACUCGCAUCUGCACCAAACGACGAACACCGCCUCCUCGCUCACCUCCGCGGCGGCGGUGGAGCCCGCCAGUUCGUCCGAAUGCGGAUCACCGCCCACCCCCCUGCUCGCCGACCCCUACGGCUACGGACACCACCACCACCACCACCAUCACCAUCACCACCACGGCAGCAAUCCGCAUCACAACAACAACAACAACACCGUCACUCAGAACAACAACAACCACAGCAACAACAACGGGGGAGGCGUCAGCGUACCCGGGGGCAAGAGGUCCAUGGACGACGUCCUCAAGAGGCUCACCUGCAAGAUGAACAGCGGAUCGCUUUCCCUGCAGGACGACGCCGUCACUCGACGGACACCCCCACCUUCCUCAACGCCAAAUACUCACGUCACCCACAACUCCCACAGCAGCACCAGUAUAUCGAACAGUAUCGCGCCGUCGCAGGGAGCUGACAGAAACACGGCGACUGAGGGACAUCAGGACGGUGCCGCGGCCCUCCACAGGGUCCUAUGCGCCGAUAACUUCGUCGAAAAAGAACGACGCCUAUCCGAGAUGAUCCUACAGCUUCAGAUGCUCAGGGAACAGCUUCUCCAGCAGCAGGACCAGACCAAGUCUUUUCCUACGCACAUCAGUGCCGAGACUCAGCAGCAAAUUGAGAUGCAGCGGUUACAAACGGAGCAUCUGAAACGUCAACAGGAACACAUAAUGCAGCACAACAUCCAGGAAUUACAGGCCCAGAUGAGCAAGGGCCAGGUGACGAUGCAGGGACCCCAAUCACUGAUGUUCCUACCGUUCCUCGAACAACUGCGGGGACUCCCCGUUCCCUCGAUGCCUCCGCCGACGUCGACGGCCACCACGGGCAACAAGCAUAUCAACUCCAUCGCCAAUAUGAUCAGCGGACACCGGGACGGUCCUAGUUGGGCGACGGCGCAUCUGGCGCAGAUGACAACGCAGAUGGAAAAGGAGUCGUCGCCGACGCCUACGCCAGCUCCACCCCCGCAACCGACACCGGCACCUCACCAGGACCCCGACACCCCCUUGAAUCUGACCAAGCCGAAAUCUUCGUCGGGACAAACGGCUUCCUCGUCGCCGGGUAGCGAUUCCCACUCCACGGGUGCCGGGAGCAGCGGUCACCAGGAACAACCCCUGGCCGCAACCGCCCCGAAAUUGUUUCACCCCGGUCUCCAGAUGACGCGCGGUUUCCUACCCAGUUUACAUUACGCCGGACUCCCGCCUCACCUCAGCACGUUAUCGGCGCCAAUGGGCAAGGUGAUGAACAAAGAAGAAUCCGGAGGAGGAUCGGCCGCCGCAGCGGCUGCAGCUGCGGCAGCGGCGGCAGAAAAACACUUUGCCAUGCACAGUCUAUACGGAAUGCCAUCGAGUACGGGAGGCAUGCCUCCUUCACCUCAAUCCCAGAGGGGUACCAAACAUUCGGGAAGUCGGGAUCAGGAUCCGUCUCAAGAGGAACAGGAUUACCUGUCUUCGCCGCAAAUGUGGGGUCGAGAACAAGGCUAUAAAGUUCCGGAAGAUAUCACCGAGAAAGCCAAAAUGGUGAGGCAGCAGAAACGGGACGGUGAAAACAAGCCGCACAUCAAAAGACCUAUGAACGCCUUCAUGGUAUGGGCCAAGGACGAACGUAGGAAGAUCCUGAAGGCGUGUCCGGAUAUGCACAAUUCGAACAUAUCGAAAAUACUCGGCGCUAGAUGGAAGGCGAUGUCGAAUUCCGAGAAACAGCCCUACUACGAGGAACAAUCGCGACUAUCGAAACUCCACAUGGAAAAGCAUCCGGACUACAGAUAUCGACCCCGUCCAAAAAGGACCUGCAUAGUGGACGGUAAGAAGAUGCGAAUCUCCGAGUACAAAUCCCUGAUGCGCCAACGCAGACAAGAGAUGAGGCAACUCUGGUGUCGGGACGGCGGACCGGACAUGGGUUUCCUCUCGCCGGUCGGCUCGGAGAUGACGUCGUCGCACCCCGGUCCAUCGGCAAGACCUUCGGUAUCGCCGCCCGCCUCUCUGUUGAACGGGGCAGCUGGUCCGAGUUCGGAUCACGCCUCGUUCUACUAUCCCCAAGACAGUCUGUCGCCAAGCGACAUGAUGAACUUUUCACCGGAGAAUCCAGGAUCGGUUGGCGGUUACGACGUAAGUCCACGGCAUCACGACGAAGAUUGAGCCGUAGCUCCGGGUCAGCCUUUGUGGCCGCCCGGAGCGCCUGCAGCGAGACUCGCCCACGAACUUUUCUGGUAACCUGGUGAAUUGCCCGGGUUGAUUAAAUAUUUUUUUUCUCAAUCGGUGUACAAAACCAACCCAAUGUUUUUCAGGGUGGUUUUUCACAGAUCGCUAUCGCAUGCGAUAAAACACCCGUAACUAAGAACGCGUCGCGACGACAAUUAUUAUAGAUUGUAACUCUUCGGCUGGCCAUCGAUGGAGUUUAAUUUUACUUUAUAUUGUCGGACGGAGAAUUGUUAGGAGAUUCCUUACGACGAUUCCCAGGGGAAUUGUCGUUAUGUAUGAUACGAAACAAAGAAAACGGAAGAAGAAGUACUUCGCUUAAAAAGCAAAGCCAAGUGAAAUUAAUUAAUUGAUCGAGGAUCACGACGGCGUAUAGGAUAUGCGUAUGAUGAACCGGACGUUGAACGUGCGCAUGCAAUGGUCAUCAUGCGUAUGAAGAAGAAAAAGUAGAGGAAAAAAAAAAAAGUUUAAAAUUAAUAAUAAUAAAAAAAAAAAAGAACGAAGAAUUAAAAACCUUCGGUUAUAUAAGUAUAUGUAAACAUAGAUUCCAAUAAUCAAAAUGCAACCAAUUAAAAGAAAGAAUAGGGGGAUUAUCCGCAGGACGACGUACGCCUCGUGCGUUAAUGUAUAUUACAUUAUACUAUAUUAUCGCGACGCAAAUGACGUAGAUAACGUAAAAACACUCAUCAUCCUUAUAUAAUACGAUAAUUAAUCUCGAUCUGCGCCUACCUACCUAUACAAAUGAAUAUAUACACGUAAUAUAUAUAUGUAUAUGUAUAAAUAAUUAAUGCACCAUCGUUCAUCGCAUGUACCUGCUCGCGGGGAUAACCGAAUGACGAAUAACGGCGACCGAGCAGUCGACUGGCGAGUCCGCAGAUUUUUCUAUCAUCGUUGACGAGGCAAUCUUCAAUUCAGUCGAAAUAUUCACCAAACACUCUGAAAGAGAGUUCGUUCGAUUAUCGCUGUCAGUUUAUUCUUUGCGACAAAGGAUUUCGGGGUCGUUUGUGUUUCGCUGAUUCAAAAGUGAGAUGGACGAAGAAAUCUUUUGCGAUCAAAUCUCGCAAGAUCGGCGUUUCGGACUUUGUUUCAAUCGCAUCAUCACCCAUCGAUAUGAGGACAGGUAUCGCAGCCGGUUGGAUUUUUUUUUUUUUCUUUUCGCUCACAGAAAUGUCUUGUUCCUAAUUCUCCCCAGUGUCGAUACCACCUUCGUAACACACCCUAAGAAUCUGUUGUAACUAUCGUCGGUUGUAAUAAAACUGGUCCGUCUCAUCCCCCGCUAUGUGAAUGAUCGUCACUUUCAAUCCCGUGCAGAUUACGCCUCGGUGUAUUUCACGCGUAUAACUCAUCGUCGGUAUAAGCAACGCGCACGAUUAUCUAAUUCAUAACUAUUAUGUAAAAAUAAAUUAGAAAUGAAAGAAACAAUCAUCAUCCAUUGUAAUUAUAUCAUAAAAAAAAAAAAAAACUACACGAUUAAAUACGUACUAUUAAAUCUCUCAGAUACACUUACGUAAUUGACCCGCAAAAAAAUAUCUGGAUAUAUAUGUAUAAAUACAUAUAUCUAUCUACAUACUAGUAGGUAUAUGUGUAUGUAUGCAUGUGCGUGUGUAUAAACAUGGGGCAUAAGUAAUAUUGUCUCGCUCACCAAACGGAGGUACGAGAUAUUAGCUCAUCCUUGAACAUCAAUUUAUAUUAAUCCGUAUUGAAAAAUUAUCGCUGAUUUAUUCGACGUGUAUUGCACAAUGCAGCACCUUACGCCUCCUCCAGAGAAGAAACAAAAAUUUGAAAAACGUUCGUACAUCCAUGAUACACAUUUUACACAUAACUACAUUGUAAAGAACACCUAGUACUUAUAGUAUUUGCAUCAUUAAUUUAUUGACCUUAAUAUUUUUAGGCGAUGUUCAGUAGCAAGAUAUAUAGAGCGACGUCAAUUUCACUAAAUUGUCAUUGUAAAAUUAUUAUAUAUUACUGUUACAGUUAUUUUAAUUAUUAUUACUGAUAUUUUUAUGAUUAUCAUCAUUAUUAUUAUUAUUAUCAUCAUCAUUUUGACAAUUACUGUUAUUUAUUAUUCGGUAUAGCGACUAACAACAAAUCAAAUUCAUUUAUACAUACUGCGAUGUUGUAUGGUUUUAUUAAUUAUCUCUGCGAGCGACCCCUUACCGUUUGUUUCCUAUUUUUUUUCUUUAUUUUUUCUCGAUAAUUUUUUUUUUUAUCGUACGCCUUAUCUUCCUAAUAUCGUUCGAUUGAAUCGUAGUGAACAAACUACCGAAAACCGUAUUGGUGGUUCCUGAACAGGUCCAGAGACAUAUUUACGAAAACUUUUGAAAGAUUUUUAUUUUUUUUUCAAAUUCAUGAGAUGAGAAUCGUUUAGCUUUAUACAGUAUAGACUUUUUACUUCUAACUUCCACAUAAUUGCCAUUAGCUAUCGUAAUUAUAAUGUAAUUAAUAUCAUCUCUAUACGUGCUGUUCGUUAGUUUUUCCUUCGCGGUUGUUGAAAUAUGAACGAAAGAUGGAGAAAAACGUGGAAGCUAGGGGGAGGAAGGAAACAUCGUAAAUCUGUUACUGGAACAAGGAGGCGAUUCUCGGGUUCGUUUUACCGGACUCGCGAAUAGGGUGGGGGUGGGCCAAGCCAUUCGCGAUAACGGUGGAAACUUGAUGUGAUAUCUAAUACUAAUGUGCCAAAUAGCAGUUUCAAUUAGGAACGACGAACGAAUGAGGCAGGGCAGGUGGAAUCGCUCAUAAUCAGCCUUUAGUUCGGUAAAUAUCUCUAAUUUACUUACACAUCUUUACCGUAUGUGAAGCCCCAGCGAUUUACAAUGUGUUGUACCAGCGCUUGAUCGCGUUGGCGAAUCAAACUGAUGUAAUAUUUGAUUACUUUCAAAUGAAAUUUCUAGUAAUUUUUCCGGUUUUUUCUUUUUCUUUUUUUUUUUUACUUUAUUUUGUUUUAUUUUUAUUUUGAUCCAUCUUUUAAUUAAUAUAUAUAUAGAUAUUUUUUUCAUUUCUUAUUAUUUAUAUAUACAUAUAUAUUAUAUAUAUAUAUAUAUAAUCAGUGCAAUUAUAUACAAGGUACCUAAUAUAAUUUUAUAAAAAGAGCCAGUAUCCUUGAUAUAUCUGUGCCCCUAUUGCUGGUUCGGCAGUAUAUACAUAUAUAUAUUAUACAUUACAAUUAAAUAACAGUUCAGAAUUUAAAAGAAUUAAAUAAAUAAUUAAAUUAAAUUUAAAGAAAACGCGCUCGCUGCUGCAGCGGCAUUCGGUCACAGAUAGGAUAGCUUAAUGUUGAUAAUAUUUAUUUUAUGUAUAUAACGGAUUCGAAAAUACAAUUGCAUCGGCCGCAAACAGACGAAGACCGAUGCUUACGUCAAUAUUAUUAAUGUACAGUGUAACUAUAUUAAUUGUGAUGUACCUAUGUAGCUUAUAACUAUACGUGUAAUUAAUUUACAUACCUAGUUCAUGUCAACGUUUAUUAAAUCGCAACACCCAUUAUUAUUACUAUUAUCAUUACUUUUAUUAUUAUUAUUGCUAUUAUUACGAUUAUUAUUAUUAUUAUUAUUAAAAUUAUUUUAUUAAUAUUAUUCUUAUUACUUUUGAUGUCAUUAUUGUUUUUGAUAAGCGAUUAAUUAGUCUUUUAAUAAAUCUAGGGGUAGAAAGGUUGUAUAUGUGCCAGUCUAGACGACAACGCAAAAGUUGGAUGGUCAGAUGCCAGACUCGAUACUCGAAUACUCAAUAAAAUUUUAAAUAAACUCUCCACUGCGACGAAAAAAGCAUUAUCCCCUGUAUUGUCUGCAUCGGGAGUUGACGCGAUUAACGGAUGACGUGAUGAUCGUUGUUUUACAAAUCGUUCUGUAAAGUUUAUAUGUAAAAUUAUCAUCUUAUUUACCCAGCAAUCAAAUCAGAAUUAUUUUAUUACAACAAUGUUAAUACUUCAGAACUACUUCACACGGUUAUUGUAGAUUUGAUAAUUUACUAUGCACAAAAGAUCAUGUGAUUUCCUCAAUUUUUAAUGGUUUAUAUGUAUAAGAAAUUUUUUUUCGAAUGAACAGACUAUAUCCUACACAUGAAUACAUACAUGGUAUAUAACAGAAAAAUUCUGACCGUCUUUGCCAUUUUAUUUCCUAAUGUGCCAUAUUUUUAAAUAUCGUCCAGGGACUGAAUUGAUUCUAUAUUGAUGAUAGCUACAAUAUCCUCUGCUCCUUCACUCCUUUUUUCUCGCCUUUUUUGGUACAAAUGUCAUUAAUUUUUUUUUCUUCAACAAAUCUCAUUCGUGAUCAGUAACAAGAGCAACUGCAUUGGUUUCAUAAGUUUAUAUAACUCUGCGUUUCAUUGAACCUGCGUUUAAAAUCUAAUUUUGAAAAAAAUUAAUCACCGGUAAAACUAUCCGUGUGGUUGGAAUUUCAAAUUAGGUAUAACGUUAAAUUUUUGCUAUACCGAUAAAAUAAUUUCGUAUGACAUCGCAGAAAAAGGAAAGAAUUUUUUUAUGCUUCGGCAAACUCCUUUUUCCAGAUUUUAUGUUUGAUUUUUCUGUGAAAUUUUCUGUUCCUUUUAGUUCCUUGCUUUUUUUAAAUUAUUAUUUAACCACUCCGAUCUAUACAGCAUUUCACGUACUCCACAUGCAGCUUCCGUAUAGAUAUACCUACAUACUUAUAUGCAAGAACACUGCGACUGUAAAAUGUAAGAAUAAUAAAUUGUAAAUCAAUUACACUACUAAUGUUAUUAUACGUAUACCUAACGUAAAAUGAAACUAUCACCCAAUCUCAAUAUUCCAAGCAUUCACGUCAUUUACAUGUACGUUGUUGUUAAUGAUAUUAAAAAUUAUAUAUAUAUACUUAUAUAUAUAUAUAUAAAUAUUGAAUAUGUAUACAUAUACGUAAUAUAUAUGUAUAUAUAUGUUAAAAUUAAAAUUAAAUUAAAAUAAAAUAUAUAUUAAAAAAAAAGUAAUAUGCUUCACCUAAAUUGAGAAAUAGUUAUAGGGUAAUAUCCUCGGUAAUAUCUGUAUGAAAAAGAAAGAAAAUUAGGCUCUUGCGCGUGGAUGAGUAGCGUAUGUGUACAUAGAGACGCAGUCUGACUGGUUAAAUGGUAAAUGAAAUACGAAAAUUGAUACUGAACAUUUAAUAUAAUAAUAAUAUGAAUAAGCUCGGAUGCAUUUGUGGAACUACGAUGACCUAUGUAAAUAAAUACAAACGUUACAGAACGUUCAUCUAAACACUAUGCGCCCCUAUGAAAUAUUAGAAUCAAUCGCAAAGCAAAAAGAAUCCCUACAAAUCAAUCUAAUUGAAGAGAUGAAUCAAAGGCAUAAAAUCAAAAGAAUAUUACCAUUAUUAUUGCUUUCAAUAAUUAUAUUAUCAUUAUUAAUGUUAUUAUUAUUAUUAUUGUUAUUGUUAUUAUUAUUAUUGUGACUAUUAUCAAUAUUAUCAUUAACAUUAGUAUCAUCAUCACAUUAUUUCAUGCAGCGCUAAAUCUUAAAUUUUGAUAUUUAUUACAUACUCAUUCAAAUUUUCGAUUACAAGUAUUUAAUUUAUUUUUACCUAGGGGAGUAUUAGCUAUUCGUUGACGAAAGUGUUUAGGUGGACGAUAAUAUGAUAAAUAAUGUAACGGAACGAUGGAAAGAUCGCUAUUCGCAGCCGGGUAGAGGAUCGUGUUUAUGUAGUAUGUACUAUGUAUAUAUUUAUCGUAUUAUUAUGAUGUACAAUAUGCAAUUUGAAACUUGAAGAAUAUUCUCGUUGGGGUCGCAAUUGAAACCUUUCGGUAUCCAACAGCUGAAAAAUAUUUAAGGCGUUUAAUUUAGUUUAUGAUAUCGAUUUGCCUAUUUCGUACGUACUGCGGUGUUUUUUUAAACGAGCACCGAUCUACUGUGGGUCAAUGAAGUGAUAUUAUUAUUUAUUAGUGUAACACAGAUGUGUUAAAAUAUAAUUAUUUUACGUUGCGUGAGUUUACCCUGCAGUACCGCAGAAUAAAGUUGGCGAUUCUUACGUUCUUCUUUGAUAAGAGUUAAGGGUGUCUGUUUCGUUACACGAGCUCUAAAAUGAAAAUGAAUGUGUUGUUUAAAACAAUCGGUCACAACUAUAAUUAUCAGGAUGCUAAAACUGUCUAGGGUAUACCCCGAGUACUUUUAAUCAAUGUGCGAUCUUUCCAGCAGUUAUAGUGACAUUAGAGAAAAAAUAUCAAAUGAAUAAAAUGCUGCACUGUAUCACGAUAGAGAUCAGUACUAUAAUUAUAAACACAGAUAUAUCAUUAUAUUUAUUAUAAUAGUUCAAGUUAGGUACUCUUUGUUGUUUGUAUUUUACAUGCGUAAUCAUUAUUACAUACAUAUAAAUAAAUACCCAAUAAAUAAACGAUAUUAUAGCGCUCGCAUGUAUUAUUGACAAUAAUCAACAUCACCAUCAACGCGAUAUUCCCGCAUUGUUUUGACGGCGAUUCGUGGAAAGGCUUGGGCCGAGGCUUGGGCGAUACGCUUGGACGGGCCAGAGAGUCAGUAUUGUUCGAGCAGCGAUCGCGCUAUCAUCGGAGCAGCUAUCGGUGCUGUACAAUCCUAAGAAGAGGAUAAGCAACCCGAUUGGCAAUUGAAGGAGUCAUCAUCUCAGCAAUCUGCAAUCAAUUUUACGUUUUAUUCUCUGAAUAACAACCCAUGAUAAAAA